CGAGCAGAGGAUGAGAUGACAGAUCAUGAGGAGUACUGUGCCAACAACAAGACUGCUAGAAUCAUCAUGCCUCAACUCAAGGAAGAUGGAAGCCCACCAACAAUGAAAUUCGAGAAGCAUUUGAAUAAAUUUAGACUACCAUUGGUGGCCUAUGCAGAUUUUGAAUGUCCACUGGAGAAGCCUGAGGAAGAGCAGCAAUGGAUUGGGAAGGCAACCAAAGUGAUCCAGCAUCACACAGCAAUGAGCUACUGCCUCUAUUUUGUUAGAGAUAAGAACUUAUCUCCAUCAUGGCUGACACUCAUCAACCUCAUCCCUAAGGAGCCAAUUGUCUACAGAGGACCUGAUGCAGCUGAAUACUUCAUCAAAACUCUGACCAUGCAUGCGAGAGACCUGGAUGAGGCAAUCAAUCAUUGUCAAAUAAAGAUGAUUCCACUUUUUAAGAGGGAGAAAGCCAGACACAAUGCUGCCACCAACUGUGAAGCCUGCGAGAAACCAUUCAAUGGUGACAAGGUGUAUGACCAUUGUCAUAUACCAGUGGUCUACUGGAAUGCUCUGUGCAGCAAGUGCAACCUUCAAAGAUGUUGUACAACAUUCAUCUCUGUUUUUCUUCACAACUCUUCCAAUUUCGACACUCACUCGAUCAUACCGCACCUUGAAACCAAUAAAAAGCAGCUGACUGUCAUCCCAAACACAUCAGAAAAGUACAUAUCAUUCACCAAACAAAUUUCCCAACAACUGCACCCACAAUUCAUCAAUACCUUCAGAUUCACACCGGACAGCUUGGACAACCCAGUCAUCAACCUUGUCAAGUCUGCUGAAGAAGUGUCAACAGUGCUACCACAUACAGCUAGAGAAUUUGGAGACAAACUGGAAUUGGUUUCCAGAAAGGGUGUGUUCCCCUACAAAUAUUGUGACUCAUGGGAAAAACUGGAGGAGACCUCACUACCACCAAAGGAAGAGUUUUUCAGCAAGCUAACUGACAGCCACAUCAGUGAUGAGGCAUAUGAACAUGCUCAACAAGUGUGCGAGAAAUUUGACUGCAAGACCCUGGAAGAGUACAGUGAUCUAUACCUCAAAACAGAUGUUCUCCUUCUGGCCAAUGUCUUUGAAUGCUUCAGAGAUAUGUGCUUGAGAAACUAUAACUUGGAUUGUGCACACUACUUCACAUCACCAGGCUUCUCCUUUGAUGUUAUGCUGAAGUAUACAAAAGUUGAACUGGAACUCCUAACUGACUAUGACAUGUAUAUGUUCAUUGAACGAGGCAUCAGAGGCGGAAUAACAACAUGUGUUCAUCAACAUGCCAUUGCCAACAACGCCUACACAGGAGCGCCUGUCGACCCCGAGAAGCCCACAUCAUAUCUCCUGUACACAGUUGCAAACAACCUGUAUAGCUGGGCGAUGUGUCAACUGCUGCCAUGUCAGAAAUUCCAGUGGAUGGAGAAAGAUGAGUUGGAGUGGGUGAGCAGAGGUGUUGAUGGUGUUGGAGAUGUUCAAAGGAUUGGCUACAUCUUGGAGGUGGACGUGGAGUACCCAGCUGAACUUCACGACUCCCACAACGAUUUUCCAUUCCUAGCCGAGAACAAAAAACACCAAAAUCAGGAUUGUUGAGAUUGAUGACAACUCUAAGCAACUGUGAAUGAUAUGUAUCUCAUUACCGCACCCUCAAGCAAGCAGUACAAUAUGGACUGAAAAUCUCUAAAGUUCAUUGAGGUAUAAGGUUUGAGCAGGAGGACUCCCUAGCACCCUACAUCAUGCCAAACACCAAACUUCAACGACAGUCAAGGAACAAAUUUGAAAAAAAUUUCUUCAAACCGAUGAACAAUGCAGUUUUUGGCAAGACAAUGGAGAAUGUUCAAAAGCAUAUAAACAUGAAGCUUGUCAACAAUGAGAAAUGUCUAAGGAAACUGAUUGCCCAACCAACCUUCAACGACCGCAUCAUCUCUGGCGAGAACAUUUGUGCCAUGACACUGCACAAGGAGAAAGUUGAGCUGAACAAACCUAUCUACAUUGGUUCGACCUAUCUACAUCAGUUGUUGCUCAGGCUUUGAGAGUUGAAUGGAUGGUUUCUGUAGGAGUGCUGUCUAAUCAGUGUUUUUCGAUUCUACUACACAGUAAACAGUGAACUAUGACUUGCUAGGUUAUUUUUCUUGUGCGGCUGUGCAUUGUGAUUUUCUGUUUUUCUAUAACGGACUGGUUUUUCCACCAAUUUUAACUUAUUGUUUUUGGACAUUCCAAAUAAAUAUUGAAAUGGCGAGUACAUGUAUAACAUGCAACCAGCAAAUUGGGUGCACAUCAAAAUCGAAAAUUGCUUGUUCAACCUGCAGAUCCAUCCACCAUGGAGACUGUGUCGGUCUCAAGGAUGCCGAAGUUGAGAUCCUCCAGAACAAGUUUUGGAACUGUAAGGCUUGUACUAACACCAUGUGUCAGCUAAGAGCGAGUUCAGAUUCGACGCCCGUCAAACAGAUGCAACCUGCAACAACCAAACAAAUAACAGUGUUUCAAAAUCAUUCUUCCACUGCUCAUGUAACCCUAGAUCAAAUGAACGAACUUUUAAAAAAAGUUAGUGAAGACUUGUACAAGAAAUUAAGUACUGAGAUUGCUGCAUGUAGGACCCUCAUGGAAUCUACUAAUCAAAAGUUGAGCGAUCAACAAAGGCAAAUAUCGGACUUGACUCUCAAAAACCAACAUCUGAAAGCCAGAUCACGCGAAACCGAACUGAACCAAGAUGAACUUGACCAAAAUGGUAGGAGAAAUUUGGUGGGAAUUUUUGGUGUGCCAGAAUUGAAAAAUGAGAAUGUUACUGAUCUGAUUAUUGAUAUUGGGAAGGCGCUAAAUGUUACAUUGGAACCAACCUCAAUAGUUAUAACCGUCUACCAAAAAUAAAGAAUCAACCAACUUCUAUGAUUCAUAUUCGUUUUGUGCGACGUGGGGAUGCAGACGCUUUACUUACAAACAGGCAUGACACAUAAAAAUUCACUACAGAUCGCAUCAACAUGCAGGGCAAUACUCCAAUCUACCUGAACCAAUCACUAACUGUCAAAAGAAGGAAGCUGUAUGCACGAGCCAAGUAUCUUCUAGGAGAUGAAGGAGCACGCUGGCUGUGGAUAGAUCGAGCCUGUAGAGUGAAAUUGAGAAGCGAAGAUGGAUCUACAUUCACAGUGUUGAGAGAUGAUGAGGACUUGGAAGAUGCUUUGAAGGCUAAUGUUGUUGAACAUUAGCAAGGGCAAGACCCUUGUGUAUCAAUUUCACUACAAUGUGAUGAUACCGACAUACAAAGAGAACCUGCAACUGCUCAACCAGAAUACGGACAGCCUAUUCUACAUUGUGAGAACUGAGAACCUCUAUGAUGACAUCAUCAACAACCAGCAACUGAAAGACACCUUUGAUACAUCUGAGUAUCUGACCGACCACCCAUGCUAUUCAGACAUAAACACGAUGGUACUUGGAGAGUUCAAGGAUGAAUAUGCCGGCAGAGCUCCUCAUAAAUAUGUAGGUCUAUGAUAAAAGCUGUAUGCCUGCAGAUGCUUCACCAAAGCUUCAAGUCAAUUGAAGAGUGGUUUGAUAAAGAAAGCUAAAGGAGUGAGGAGACCAAUACUUGGACAAGAACUGUUGAAAUCCCACCCAGAUGCUGAAUGAUACAUCACCUUUCAGGACUACCUUGACUGUCUCUAUGAGAACAAAGACAUCUCUAGGAAGCAGGUGAUGUUUGGUACCAGGAAGCAUCAAAUCAUGACUCUGGUGCAGAAAAAGAAGGCACUAAUCAAUGCUGAUGAAAAGAGACAUUAUUAUAUUGGAUGAUGGAGUUCAUACUUUGGCAUUUGGACAUCAUUCUCUUCCUUGUAAAAGGAGCAAUGAUGAUGAUGAUGAAGAAGUUGAUGAACCAUCUGCAAAAAGUUUUGCCAGAGUGAUAAUGAGUAACAGUCAUCAUUAGAGAACUGAAAAUUAUAUAGAAAAAACGAUCUCAUACAGAAUGUACUUUAGGAUACUGAUAACAUGACAUCAAUGCUAUUGAACUCAUGAGAGUCAAUGCUUCAUACAUAGAUUUGUGCAAUGUGUGUUCAGCAGAAAACCCUGUCACAUAGACUUCUACCCUAAAUGAUGUGAACAUGAAUAUGGCCGGGGAACGAGCUGUGGAGGGAGCUCUCUGCAAACAAGUCCACUGCGCAUACAAUCUGCACACCUGUCUUUACCCUACAUUCACAUUGCUGGACUUUCUGGAAGCAGUUGUUGCAAGGUCAGUCGAGGUCUGUGCACCAUACUGUGAAGAACAAGCAUCCUUUGUUAUUAUUACUCCAGUGAGUACUACAACAACUCUUGCUGCUAGCACUACAACUCCCUCUAGUACUACUCCAACUAGUGCUGCUGCUACUACAACUCCUGCUACUUUGCCAGACCCAGUACCAACAUCAGCCUGCAGUGGAGCAAGCAGACAUGUGUGAGUGUGGAGACUGUCUUCUAGUAACCAGCAACCAAUGGAUCAUACAACCAUUUCUAAACUUUGGAGAGAAGGGCCUGUCUGAACCAUUUGGAAAAGCUCAAAACUUCUUGGAGACAUUGACUUACAUCUUCCACGAUACUGAAGUGUCAAGCUGCACCGAUCUAUGUGAGGGAGCAGUCAUCUUGAAAUUCUUGUUCAGCAGAGGAUUUUGCAAAAUAAGUGAUCAACUAGGAGAUUUGUAUCAUUGGAUAGUUCUUGAUAUAUUGGACUGAAAUAUCAUCUUUGUACACUAUAUAUCAUAUAUUUUCAUGCAUACACUGUAAAUAAACAUCAAGUAAUGCCACAA